AUGACGUCGAUUGGUACCGGAUACGAUCUAUCCAACAGUGUGUUCAGUCCCGACGGUCGUGUGUUCCAGGUUGAAUACGCAUCCAAGGCGGUUGAGAAUGGUGGCACUUCCAUCGGCAUAAAGUACAAGGACGGCGUGGUUCUCGCUGUUGAGAAGCUUGUUACGUCUAAACUGCUGGUCAAGGGCGCCAACAAACGUAUCCAGACCAUCGACAGACACGUGGGUGUAGCCUACUCUGGUCUCAAUCCUGAUGGUCGCCAUCUGGUGUCCCGUGGCCGUCAAGAAGCUGAGUCCUGGCGCAGUAAUUUCCACAACCCCAUCACCUUGCCUACGCUGGCGCAGCGCAUCUCAUCUUACGUUCAGGCCCAUACUUUGUAUUCUUCAGUACGCCCGUUUGGUGUGGCUGCCAUUGUUGGCGGUGUCGACGAAAACGGACCCCAUCUCUUCAUGAUCGAGCCCAACGGUACUUCUUGGGGCUAUCGCGGCGCCGCCACCGGUCGAGGUCGCCAAGUCGCAAAAAGCGAGUUAGAAAAGCUUGAUCUGGAUAGCCUAGACGGUGAAACUGCUGUCAAGGAAGCGGCGCGUAUCAUUUAUUUGGCCCACGAAGAUAACAAAGAUAAGGAUUUCGAGCUCGAGCUCACCUGGGCCAGCCAAGCCACCAAUGGCCGGCACGUCGAGGUCCCCAAGCAGCUUUUCGACCAAGCGGUUGAAUAUGCACUUGCAGAGCUUGAUGGUGGUGACGAAAUGGAAGAAUAA